GGUUUCCUUUUCGGUUUACAACGAAGGGUCCUUCCUCGAGACCGAAAUAAAAUUAAAGAUAGUAAAUAAAAGUACAAUAUUUCGCUCUAAUUUCAGGAAAUCCUGUUGCAAGAACUCCGGCUAGAGUAUGUUUUAGCAAGAACUAAAGAAAGUGAUCAAUAACCAGAUACUGCAAGUGCAUGCGUAAAUCACAGUCUCGCGUGUUUUCAUCAACCCGGCGAGCCAAUACUGGGAAUUAAAUAACACAAUCGGAUUUAGAAAUUAUCAGCUGCUUUAACCCGACAGUGCCAUGCCCACGUACGAAUUAUCGCUAAUAUUACGGCAAAUGGGAAGGCCCGAGCUUGUCGCAACCCUGAAACGCACGGCAACGGCAAUCUUCGACAAAGGCGGCAUCAUCCGUAAGCUGGAAAACUUGGGGACGAAAGCGCUCCCCUUCAAAACCAGCGCACAUGGUAUCGUACAUAGGAACGGAUCGUAUUUCGUGUUCAAAUUUGACACCCCGCCGUCGGCAAUCGACGAUCUCGAUGAGGAGUAUGGUCGGGAUGUGGACAUCGUCCGGAAGCGUAUCUAUCGGGCGGACUUUUCGCAGCAGGAAGAUAUUGCCUGUACACUGCAUGAAGAACUGCUCCCACCGGCGUACCGCAAGGAUGUACAGAAAAUGAUUGCCACAGCGGAGAGAAGCAAAACCAAGAAGGUUUUCAAGUACAACACGGGACUGGACUACUACCCGUUCCAGAAAUAAAAUGCUCCUCCGUUCUUCGUUGCUAGAAAAGUUAGUAAUAAAGGAAAUUUAAAUAUAUAUCAUA